UUGUUAAACAGUUCAAGAACUUAAGGACUUAAAUUGAGCCUGUAAGCGACUUCUCAGCGAUGGCAGACGGUGGAGAGAGAUAGGAAACGGGCACAGGAGAGGUGCAGCCGGAGGUGAAGAUGGUGUGGUAUUAUGACAGUAUAAUGGAGGUAGCAGCUAUAAUUCUGAGAGGCUACGUUAUAGAGAAAUUCAGAGCAGAAGGGAUACAGAUGUCUCCUGAAGAGCUGGGCGGAACACCUAAUGAACUCCAGGGUCAUGUGUUAAAAGAGAUGGUGGAACGGCUACUGAAGACUACUGAGGAAAUGAACACAAAUGCUGAGCUUCAACGCUUAAUGAGUGAAGUCCCGGUCUGUUCUAUCCAGGAUGUUUUCUUUGGAACAACCAAGGAGCUUUUCACAGGUGGAAUCAACUGGGGCAGAGUGGCAGCCCUUCAUCACCUGGCCUACAAGCUUAUUCACAGAGCACAUACACAGAACCAACCCCAAGUCAUGGUUAACAUAAUCAAAUGGACUCUACAGUUCAUCAGGGAAAACCUUCACUCUUGGAUCAGUCAGGAAGUAUGGAAAGCGUCCCGAAAGGUGGCGUGGUGGUGCAGCGUGACGCUCCUGGCUUCACUGGCUUGUGCUGCAGCCAUAUCAUACUGGAGGAAGCAUCGCUGACCUCUUUACAGGGAGAAGAA